AUGGCUCCUGCAAAGAAGGGUGGCGAGAAGAAAAAGGGCCGUUCUGCCAUCAACGAGGUGAACACAUUCCGUCAAGAACACACCAUCAACAUUCGCAUCCAUGGAGCGGGCUUCCAGAAGCGUGCCCCUUGGGCACUCAGAGAGAGCUGGAAAUGUGCCAUGAAGGAGAUGGGAACUCCAGAUGUGCGCACUGAUAUCAGGCUCAACAAAGCUGUCCAAGCCAAAGGAAUGAGGAAUGUCCCAUACCCAAUCCAUGUGCGGUUGUCCAGAAAACGUAAUGAGGAUGAAGAUUCACCAAAUAAGCUCUAUCCUUAGGUUACCUAUGUACCUGUUACCACUUUCAA